AUGGUACCCUCCCAGUUCCUUAUCUUCAUGAUCAUCUACGGGCUCGAGUCCUGGAUAAUUAUCGUGCAGAGCAGCUUAGUUGUUGCCGUGCUGGGAAGAGAAUGGCUGCAGGCCAGAAAGUUGUCACCUGUGGACAUGAUUCUCAUCAGCCUGGGUGUCUGUCGCUUCUGUGUACAGUGGACAUCAAUAGUGUUCAAUUUCUGCUCUUAUUUUAACCCAGAUCAUGUAUGUUGGUACUUUCCCAUCAUCUGGGAAUAUAGUAAUAUUCUUAUAUUCUGGUUAACUGGCUUGCUUAGUGUUGUCUACUGCGUCAAAGUCUUUUCACUCACCCACUCCACCUUCCUCUGGCUGAGGUGGAGAAUUGUGAGGUUGGUUCCCUGGUUGUUACUGGGUUGUCUGAUGAUUUCUUGCCUGGCAAUCAUCCCUUCCAUUAUUAAUAAUCUCAUCCAGCACCAGGUAAUCACCACAGGGCAUUUACCAAAGAACAGCACUGUGAUUGUGAGACUGGAGAUGAUUCGGCAUCAUUUGAUCUGUGCUCAUAAAGUGCUUGCCUUGGGUGUUCCUUUCCUUCUGUUCCUGACCUCCAUCAUCGCACUCAUAGCCGCACUGACCCAGCAUGUGCAGCGGAUGCAACAUUGCACCACCGGCCACGGCAGCACCAGCAGGAAAGCUCACGCUGCCGCCCUGAAGUCUCUUGCUACCUUAUUUAUCUUCUUCACCUCUUACUUCCUGACCAUACUCUUUUCCUUAAUACACAAUCAAUCUGUUAACGGAUUUUGGUACUGGGUCCGGGAAGCAGUCAUCUAUGCAGUAGUGUCUAUUAAUUCCACUUCACUGAUGGCAAGCAGCCCAACACUGAAAAAGGCUCUGAAGGUCAAGUGCUGGGGCCUAGAGGCUGCCUAA